AUGUCUUCUGCGCUAUUUCCAGGCCUCCUAACCCCUUUCCAGCCUGACCGGGGAGAAGACACGCUGUGCAUAUUUUGCGAGCAAUUAGUGACUAAUUGGAAUUCUGAACCAUUUCAUGUAGACCAUCAUCCUUCACUAUUGUCCUUAAUGAAUUCCGCUGGUCAUUGCUCCCUUUGCCGGCUGUUACUAAAAUGGAUCAACAACAAGGCUACACAUCUAGAGCGCGAAGCUCUCGAGAGGUCCAAACAGGAUACUAAAAUCUAUGUCAUCGAAGCUGGCGAGCUAGUUAAUAAGAGCACCGUAAAACGACGUGUGUUUUGCGUAGAUACUCCUGACGAUAAAUUCCCGUCAUUAUCCAUACCCAAAAAACAGGUGGCAACACAAGCAAUCCCCGCGGAUGUCUCUAUCUCUAUUCACCUGCUUAUGGUCAAGGAGGACAAAGACUCUAGAUCACUUGUUCGUAGGCCUAUAUGGUCCAGUAUGAAUCAUCUAAGCCUGGAGAUUCGAAUCGCGACUGGUCAUGAGUGGCUACGACAAUGUGAGGCCGAGCAUAUCGAAUGCAGAGCUCAGAGAUUUUUCUCGCAACAUCAAGCUUUGCCAGCACGUAUGGUCGAUGUUAAGCCAAAUGGAAACAUGGAUCAUGUCGCCAUCAUUGAUCCGUAUGUUCUUGGUGACAGCUUCAAGUACCUCGCUUUAAGUCACUGCUGGGGAAAGAAUGGUAGUCCUACUCGCACAACCAAGGACAAUCUUACGGAACAUGAAAAGGGUCUUCGAAUUGAGUUCCUGUCACGGUCCUUCAGGGACGCUGUCAGAAUUACUAGGCUUUUGGGUUACAAGUUCCUAUGGAUCGAUUCCCUGUGUAUUGUCCAAGAUGACAUUGAUGACUGGGAAAGGGAGGCGGCUAAAAUGGCCUCGAUCUUCCACUGUGCGGAUAUAGUCAUUAGCGCGGCUUCGGCUGGAAGCUCUGCGGAUGGACUUGGCAUCGAUAAUUCUUUUCAGGGAGCCUCUAGGCUUUUCUCUCCCCCGGUUCCUAACUCUAGAUACGAUAAUCCAGCUCAAACACAGGGCUUACCAAGGAAGCGAUUAUUUUUCCGAAAAGCUGGCACUUCAAAUAAAGGUCUGAAAGAUCUCCCUAUCCACAAGCGAGGAUGGAUAUUUCAGGAGAUUCUACUGGCUCGGCGGUCCGAGGAUGGUGAACUCUCGCGCACAUUAACUUCCAGCAUCAUUCGAGGGUCCAGCACACAACCUUCAAACCCUUUCCUUCAUUUCGAGUCCGCGAUACAGUAUGAAACUAGCACCGACGUGGACAUGUGGUGGAGUAUCUUAAGGGCCUUUUUUCAAAGACAAUUUACCAAGUCGGACGAUGUCUUGCCAUCGCUAGCUGGCGUCAUAUCUCUUUGGCAGUGGCAUACGAAUGAUGAGCCAAUACUUGGCAUGUGGAAAAAAGACCUCCCGUUUCACAUGUGUUGGUUUUUUGGAAAUUCUCUAUCGGUUGUGGACCGAGUACCUGGGCAACCAUCUUGGUCCUGGACAUCAGUCCCGCAGGGGCAGAAAAUAGAUAUCAACCAUGUUUCUUUUAUCCAAGAUCUCUCAGAGCAUGUGAUCUGGCAAGCGAGUAUCGAAGCUGUUGAUAUAAAAUGGGUGGCACUCCCCUUUGUUUCGCCCCUCAGGCAUGCUAGUCUUUCGCUACGUCGAGUGCAGGUGACAAAAGGGAACUUUUACCAAGCUAUGACUUACAGGUUGGACAACAAAGAGGAGAAUAAUUUCUAUAAGCAAGGAGACCUAGAGAUUCUUCCACUUUUCAUAGCAAUACCCCACUACACUCAAAAGAUCGAUGAUGGCCGAUUCCACAUGUGCUCCCUCCUUCUCGAGCAUAUCGAUCUGGGCGAUGGACAGACCAGGUAUCGCCGAAAAGGAUACGCGGAAUUUUUGUCGUGGCCAAAAUACUCCGAGUCUGAGAUUCACGAGAGAGCGGCGGAGAUCAUAUCUAGUAUCAAGGAGACCGAUGUCGUUGCAUUAGUUUAACAAUGGGCCGAGGUACAUGUGCAUCUAUGAGAGAUGAAGGCCGCUUUUGUAUUACACACCCAUAUUAUGAUAGAGACAACGAGCGCCCUCUUGAUGCGAGGCAAGCCCCUUGCUAUCCUAAUUAAUUAUAUUGAGCAAUACGACGGCAACUCUCGAUUUCUAAAUUGAGUUUGACCGUUCCUUUCUGUCUUAGCGCCACACCUAGCCCCACGGUCAUUUCCUCUUGUUAAUAGCGACAGCUACUUCUAGUUCAAGAGAACUUUGUAUGGAGAAUUGGUAUCUCUGACCUGCACCGUGGUAUAUCGUUUAGGUAUACACUUCUACAAAUUCAAACAUAACGUAAAAGCCGCGACAGUCGAAUAGUUAACGUCACGUGAUGAUCUCUGUCCUGUGGGAGUUGGAGAGGUACGAGUGCGUAACAGAGCGGUGCGGCCCAUCGCAUCUUGCGAAUUGACUGAACCUGGGUUUUUCUUGAGUUCCUCGACCAGAUAACCGAACCGAAGCCCUGUCACAAUUUCAUGAAC